CAGUUAGUAGCCUCAGUUGAAUAAAUUGCGAAUAUAAAAUCAUGUUUAAAAUGAGUAAAAGUUAAACCGUGAAGAAAAAAAGCUCAUCAUAAAAUGAUAUUGAUCGGAUUAUUUAUUGAAGCUACGACAUGAAUCUACCUGACUCCGCUGCUUCGAUACAAACGCAGGCAGCAGCGGUUCUACCUCUUAAUAAAACAUACAACGUUCAGAACACUCCACAAAACACCCUCCUCAUUGGCUGCAAGUGCGUGCAAAGUGUCCGUUUAUACACCACCACUCCACACUUGGACUUUAACCAGCGCCCUACUACAACUUUAAGAAAUAAAUGACUUGUUUUUCCUUCCCUGCAGGAAAUCACAUGGAGGUGCUCUUGCGCUCACAUGACCGUGUGAGCGACGGCAGGAGCGAUCAAUGAAGGUUGCCGAGCGCGUUGACCCCUCUGAGGGAUUCUCCAGCAAGUGGUCGCUCGAUAUAUAAAGCGCUCGCUCAGCAAGGAAAGCCGCCGACCUUCCUGGAGGAGAACCGCACACAAGGCGGGGGCCGGUGCUGGAGGCCCCUUCCCUUAGCGAGAGAACCAGCUUCUCUGCAUUUGUGUCGCUGCACACGAAGCUUUCGAUUCCAUGGAAUGCACACGCGCGACUCUUGUGUUAUCUAAAAAAAAAAAAAAAAAAAAAGACAAAUAGAGCGAGACACGUAGCGGGUCGGUUUUUUAACGCCUGCAUUCCUCCACCGUUGGGGCAAUUUGUUUGCUCUCCGAUGGGAGCGAUUUGAUCGAAACUGUGGAACCAGAAUGAAACGCGAGAAGCCGGUGGCGCUUUUUUGUGUGUGUCCCCCCCCGCAGAGUUGAGGAUGCAGCCGGCCCGGGGGGACGUCCUGACGCUGUCCCAGACGCUGGACAACCUGCUGGGCAGAGACGCGGUGCGGGUGGAGCUCAUCCCGGAGAAGAAGGGCCUGUUCCUCAAACACGUGGAGUACCAGGUCACCAGCCAGCGUUUCAAGAUCUCGGUUUACCGGCGCUACAAUGACUUCGACGUCUUCCACGAGGUUCUGCUGCAGAGGUUCUCCUACAGAGUGGUGCCGGCGCUGCCGCCUAAGAGGAUGUUAAAGGGAGUGCUGACCUCCGUCUCCGAGCGCGACUUCAUCGAGGGGAGGAGGCGCGCUCUCGGCAGGUUCAUCAACCUGGUGGCGCGGCACCCCUUCUUCUCAGAGGACGAGCUGGUCAAGACCUUCCUCGCCUUCAGCGGCUCUGACGUUCAGGCCAAGCUGCGUGACACCUACAAGAAAACGGGCGAUGAGUUCAUGACCAACAGGAUCGCGACCCUGGCGAAGGAGUACCUGCCGGCCGACAUCCAGGCUCAGUUCUCCACCAGCAGGGAGCUGAUUAGAAAUAUCCACAACAGCUUCCAGAAGCUGCGCGACCGGGCCGAGAAGAUGGCGGAGCGCUCCAAGGAGAACGCGACGGAUCUGCUCAUGUUUGGCAGAGAGCUCAGUACUCUGGGCUCCGACGCGUCUCCUCUCCCCUCCUUGGCCUCCUCACAGAGCACCUGGGGCACGCUGCGGCGCUCUCUGAAGAGCCUGUCGGUGGAGUUCGCCGUGCUGUCGGACAAAGCCGCCCAGCAGGGCCGACGGGAAGAGGACGACGUGGUGGAAAAACUCAAUCUUUUCCUGGACCUGCUGCAGUCGUACAGAGACCUCUGCGAGCGGCACGAGAAAGGCGUCCUCCACGAGCACCAGAGGGCGCUGCACAAGUACGGCGUGAUGAAGAGGCAGAUGAUGAGCGCCACCGUGCAGCCCAAAGAGCAGGCGUCCGUGGAGCAGCUGGAGUCGCGCAUCGUUCAGCAAGAGAACGCCAUUCAGACCAUGGAGCUGCGUAACUACUUCUCCCUGCUGUGCCUCCACCAAGAGACGCAGCUCAUCUUCAUCUACCUCCCGAUCACGUCCCACAUUCUGGGGGCCUUUGUUAACUCCCAGGUCCAAGGACACCGAGAGAUGGGAGCCGUGUGGAAUGAACUCGAGCCGAAGCUCGGGUGUCUCUUCGGUGGAAACAACCGAUUGGAGCCUUCCACCUGAGGGCCCGAAGGCAGAGGAAGUCACUGAGCUACGGAGAAGCCCUCCUUCACGCACCGUGCAUUCCACCAGGGAAUCCCGAAGCACCUUCCAACCCGUUUAGAAGGUUCCUACGCUAAGAUGGUUGGAAGAGCGCGACGCCGUGCUUCGGUUUAUUAAAGGACGGGAUUGUUUUGCAUCUGCAGUCGUGAAGGUUUUUGACUGAAAUAACUUUAGACCAUGUGUUUUUGAUACAGACAUGAGGUCUUAUACGUGUAGCAAUUGUGCCAUUCGUUUCACAUCUACAAUGUUUACUUUUAUGUAGACCAACAUAUUUGCUUCCUCUGCUUGAAUUUACUCCAAGAUGUUUUGUAUAACUAUUUUGAAAAUACCACAAAGGGCAGAUUUGAUAUUGAUUAAAAAUGACAUUUAGCACCAGCAGUGUAAUGUUAAUAACACUAUUCAUUUACUACCAAAGUGCAAUCAUAUGAACCCAGGGCUGCUGCAGAUUGAAUUCAAAUGUUUAAUGAUCACUUGAAGCUGUUUUUUCAACAUGUCACUUUUUUUUUUUUUGGAUGGAGGCUUGUUUUCACAGUUGGAUAAAUACUAAUUUAAAUGAGUUUCAUAACGCAGCAUUCUUUUCUGCUAUUAGACUUUCUACUGAGACACAACCAUGCUCAUAUACAUAUAUAUAUCCUGAUCCAUGAUGUAUAAGAAAAUCAAAAGGGACAAGGUGCCGCUCACAAGCUGAAAUCAUGUCAAACUGAGUGAGGCUGAAUGGACUGAGGGCAUCAAGCACGUCAGAAAACUCAACAUUUAUUUCAUGAAGAAACUGUGCAAACAAAUGCUUCUGAAAUCGUAGAGCCAACCUGCACAGAACCAAUAAGACUGUCACUGUAGAUAUUGUAAAUAUUGAAUUGUGCAAAAAUCUAUUAUCCUGAAAAUAAAAUCACAGGGUGUAUAUUUCUG